GCUGCUGACCUUGCUGCCAACUGCAGUCCCAGCAACUGGGUUCCUUGCUUUCUGUCCUCCCAUGGUGGACAGAUGUCUUUGGGCCUGAAUCAUAUGCAAGAGGCCCCGUGUUGCUGGUAUUUCAGCUGGUGGCCUGCCUUGUGACUGGAUCAUUGAGGCGCUGGCCUCAUCCUCAUCCUGCAGUCCAUGUGCAGCUCUUCCUUGAUCAAAGGGCAGGGGGAAUGUGAGCACAGAGCCUCUGAGAACAGGCAGAAAUGCUGAGGAGAGAGGGGCUAGAAAACAGGCAGCCAUGAGAGCAGGGAAGGAAGGUGGCAUCUCCUUCCUUCCACCUGCUGACACUCCCUCUACAUUUUGGGUUAGAACAGCAUUGCUGGAGGGCACAAAGUCAUGACUCAUGUGCACUUUCCAGGUGGGGGGGUUGGUGGAGGGAUGAAGCUUCCAUCUCUUUCUAUGGGGAGCAUUGCUUGGACUUCAUCAGGAAUUGUCUGUUCCACUCAUCAGGAGAGACAACUGGAAGAGCAGCAUGUGGAGGCACGGAAGCAGCUGGAGGAACGGGCAAACUUCCUGGCAGAGGUGCUGCAGGAAGAGCAGCGUCAGAAGGCUGCUGUCAUCCACAAGGUGUACCAGCUGCAGAGAGAGCUGAAGCAAAGUCAUGCUGCAGGCUGAGCUGCAGGAAGCUGAGAGGAAGAUGAGGGCAAUGGAGAAGAGGCACCAAGAGGAAAUGGAAAGGAUGCACAAGGUCCUGCUGCAGUGCAGGCUGGCUGAAGAAAAGCAGGUGGACGCAGGAUCUGCCAUCGAAGCUGCUGGUGCAGCAGCAUCCUGCCAAGAAGCCUCCUCUCCACAGCCUGAAAACCAGAGCAUGAGCAGCUCGGCCCGCUCAAGCCAGGAGAGAGAGAAGCAGUUCCUGAAGCUGCUGAGGUGUGUGGUGAGUGUGGAAGAUCCAGAAAAGAAGUACACUGGAUGGGAACAUCUUGGCAGUGGGGGCUUUGGAGCUGUUUAUAAGGCCUUCGACACUGCCACAGGACAAGCGGUGGCUGUAAAGGAACUUUAUCUCCAGCACCAGUGCUGUGAGGGAAUAUUAAAAGAAAUCCUGCUCGUGAGAGAAAAUAAGAACGCCAAUAUUUUCAGCUACUUAGAAAGCUACCUUGUGGAUGAGGCUGUCCUGCUGGUGUUGGAAUAUAUGGAUGGAGGCUGCUUAGCUGAUGUGGUCACUGUGAGAAGGAUGGCUGUAGGACACAUAGCAACAGUGUGUGGGGAGUGCCUGCAAGGCCUGGCUUUCCUUCAUGCCAAGCAGGUGAUCCACAGAGACAUCAAAAGUGACAACAUCCUUCUGGGCCGGGAUGGCUCCGUCAAGCUGGCUGAUUUUGGCCUCUGUGCUGUGCUCAGCCCUGAGCACAGGAAACGGAGGUCGAUGGUCGGGACCACUUACUGGAUGGCACCCGAGGUCGUGAGAAGAGAGCCUUACGGCCCCAAAGUGGACACCUGGUCCCUUGGCAUUGUGGGAAUAGAAAUGGCCACAGGAGAGGCUCCUUAUAUGCAGGAGACCAGUGUCAAGGCCAGCUACCUGAUAGGCAAGCAAGGGGUUCCAAAUCUGCAGCAGCUCAGGCUACCCCCUGGCUUGUGUGAAUUUCUGGGCUGCUGCCUGCAGAUGGAUGUGGACAGGCGAGGCUCUGCCAAGGAACUUCUGCAGCAUCCAUUUCUGCAAUCAGCGGAGCCUCUCUUAAGCCUCUUCUGACAGCCUGAUUGCUGCCAUCCCUGCAGCAAGGGAAUGCAAGAAGCAAAGGAGAUGACAAGGUGUGAGAGUCUGUCCGAAACGUCCCUCAUUUUUUGCCUCUCGAUCAUCAUGAAAGCCAAGACCAGCUGGGAAAGGGAAAGAUCCUGUUCUGAAAAUCCAGGUCUGUCUGGUCCACCAAGCCAGAUUAUUUCCUACGGGUGUGUUUGCUCAACUCAUGGAACACUGCACCCAAGAAGGGGCAGUGUGCUCUCCUUCGCCUGCAUCACCUAGCAACGCUAGUGCUGGAAUUUCUCCACCCUCCUGACUUGGCUGGACUUUCUCUCUGGAAUGACCUUUCUGGAGGUCACCACAAAAGGACCCUCCAUUCACCGUACAUCAACCACCGUGACAGAUGGACUGAGAUGGGAGAAGGUUCUCCCUCAAGGACUGAGAUGUGCGACCCUUACAUGGAAAAGCUCCCCUCUUUUCCCAAAAGGACUAAGACUGAAAUCCCCACCGUAGGGUGAGGGAAGGCGUGCGUGGGGACCGGAGCAAGUUUUGCAAGCGACCACUGGACCGAGAAGACAAUGGUUCCUGCCUACGACAUCUGCUGCUGACGACGCCUGUUCCUGAUGGACUACUGAUGGACUCCUUGUACCCUUUAUCAAUAGACUAUUUUGAAAUGGGUCCCCUUCCCCCAUUUCAAAAGGACUAUAAAAAAGGUUAGACCUGACUGAUACCUUUGAGAUCUCCCCUGACGUGAAGACGACAGGCCUCUUCGUCGACCGGACUUCGAGGGACUUUGUCAUCUGCACAUCUGGUAGCUAUAUACCUCCUUGCCCUCCCUCUCUUCUUUUUCUUUUCCUUACUCUUUUCCCUUUCUUCAUUCCCCUUCUCUCUAAUGCAUCUUUGCUAUGGCUAUUUAAUAAAAGUACAUGUAUUUUUGAUUUUACUGCAAAUCCCCUUGUCGUGUCAGUUUUUGCACCCUGAGAUCAGUGAAAAAGAACCUACACGAAUCACGUCCUUAGGACGGAUCGUGUCAUAAAUUGGAUCUUGGGUCACGGAUCUUGGGUUCUGGGGACGGAGGAGUCUGCAGGUUACGUGUAGUUUGUAACAGGGGAAGGACGUUUCACGGCAGCCGCACCUAAACCGUCAAGUUUCCCAAAAGGGGUUGAACAGAUUUAGAAAGCAAGGGCUGUGAUUCGAAUUUCCCGCAUACUGCACAAACCAAGGCGGAAAAAUCAUUCUCCAAACUCUUUUUGAGGGUUCUGUCUCCAGAAUAUCACAAAAGAUCUCUUGGUGCAAAAGGGGAAAAAAAAACAAAACAAAAACCUGUUUCUGUUGUAAGAGUGUGUUUAACUGUCUGGGAAGGAAGAGACACCUUGAAGAAACUAAGCAGGGCCUCCCAGAUUGAUACUGUCUCUUCAACUGUGUGUGAGUGUUUAACUGUCUGGGAAGGAAGAGACACCUUGAAGAAACUAAGCAGGGCCUCCCAGAUUGACUCUGUCUCUUCAGCCACCCAGGGAAAAAGUUGAGUGAAGGGAAAACACAGUGUGUGAUUGUGUAACCGAAAACACCUUCCUGUUGUGGUCCCUAGUCCCUUCACAAGAUGAAUGAAGAUUUUGGUGCCAAGGCAAAAACUGAUUUUUACACACUACUUGCUAAACACAAUGCAAAACCUUCACCAGGCGGAGAGGCCUGGGCAAAGAACAAUUGGUUUAAUUUAGAAAAUGUUGUUGGUAGAAUAUGUUCUCUGCAGCAUGAAACAAAAUUUAAACUUGGUAAAGAUAAAACCAUCCUCUGCUCAGUUUUGGGAGCCUGCCUCACAGCAGCCAUAGAAACUCGCUUUAAGCGAAGAAGUGAGGAAAAUGCUAUAAUAGACUCCCUUCAAAACUUAGUUGGAGUUUUGCAAUAACAAUUAGAUGAAGAAAGAAAUGAAAAUAAUUUAUUACGGGCUGCCUUGAGAGAGGUACAUGUUGAAAAUUCACAGAACUUUGAUUCCUCAAAAGAAACAGAGGAGAAGGAAACUUCUCACCUUAAUCAAAAUUACUCCCAAAAAGAAUUAGUUCUGAUGAAAAAUUUUGGAGAACACUGUUGUUGCAAUAGCAUGAAACCUCAAAUUAAAACAGAAUGCAACUAUAUUAAUGAUGAGGAUUUUGACCCACAUAUAAUCACUAAAGAAAUCCCAUACACUGCUACUGAAUUAACAAAACUUGCAAAGCAGUAUGGGCUUCUCUCCCACAAAACUGAAACAAAAUCUCUCACUGGGAAAGUUCAAACACAUUUGUCAGAACAAGAAGCCUGUGGGUACUGGGGACAUGGAGUGUUCUUAACAACGGGAGACAGACGCAUCCCAUGGUCCCUAAUUCAGCAUAUAGCUUAUUGGACAGAGGGGCUUAACCUCUCGGAAAGGGGAAACCUUUUAACCAUAGCUGGUACCCCUGACCAACUCCUGGAAAACAUUCACAAAGCUGCCUGCUUGCAAAUAAUGCAUGAAAGAAAACCAACUACAAGCUAUGAGUCACCAAUGCAAUCACCUGUAAAGUCUAAAAUUAUGACCUCUUUAAUUCAAAGGUUUACAGAAACACUUAAACCUAUAGCAAUUUUCCCUCAAAAACCCAUAGCAGCUAUGUCCCCUAUAGAAACACCAGAUAAACUUCUUAGUAACCAGAAUAACCCAUUUGUUCCCUCUUAUGACUUGCCGAGAAAAGGGAUAAAAUGGGAUUGGAGUCUUUCUCAAGAGAAAGCACUGCAAUCGCUGAUUUUUGAAGCAACAGCUCACCAAGCACUGGACCCUAUCCAUCCUACAGAUCCCUUUCAGGUAGAGUGGGGAUUUGCCUCCUCAGGGUUAUCAGUACACAUUGGGCAGCGGGGUCCCGAGGGUCCGACAAGGCCUGUUGGUUUUUAUUCCCGUGGUUUCAAAGAUGCUGAGAGAAGAUACUCUACCUGGGAAAGAGGUUUGUCUGUGGUUGGCUUAACUCUCACAGGAGUAGAAAAAAACUUAGCAAUACAAGAAACUGAGAGCUUGGGUAGCAGCCAAAACAAGCUUGCCUCUGUGAUUAAAGC